AUGGAGCCUCAUGGAUGGAUAUUAUCAUUUAAUGAAUAUUAUAUUGAGGAUGGGGCAAAAGAAAAAUGGGAAGAACAGCUAUAUGAAUUGCAUUACCAGUUUAUGGCACAUCCACGUCAAGAUUUAUUUGGUCCAGGUAUUCAUGAAGAUGGAACAAUUUGGUGGCAUACUCAAUUGCCAGUUCGUGUAAAUUACAAAAUGGCAUCAGAAAUUAAGUUUCUUCUUCAUUAUGCUACAGAAUACACGCUUUUUACUAAAAUCUGGAUGGCUGGUGGAACUGUGGAAAAAGAAAUUGCAGAUAAAGGAUGGCAUUUUGUGAAAAAAAAAAGGCCGGCAGUCUCACUGGAGAAGAAAUUACUCCAGGACAACUUAUAG